AUGAAGAGCAAGAACCACACAGUAGUGAGUGAAUUCAUUCUCCAGGGGUUUUCCAGUUUCCGAGAACACAAGAUCAUUCUCUUUGUGAUAUUUCUUACGUUGUACCUUUUAACUCUGGCUGGCAAUGUCCUCAUUGUGACAGUUAUCAGCCUCACUCGUCACCUCCACACACCCAUGUACUUCUUCCUUAGUGCGCUCUCCAUCUCUGAGACCGUGUACACCCUGGUCAUUGUACCGCGGAUGCUCUGCAGCCUUACUGGUCUUAACCAACCCAUCUCCUUGGCCGGCUGUGCCACCCAGAUGUUCUUCUUCCUCACCUUGGCCAUCAACAACUGCUUUCUGCUCACGGCCAUGGGGUACGACCGCUACGUGGCCAUCUGCAACCCCUUGAGGUACACGGUCCUCAUGAACAAGAGGGUGUGUGCCCUGCUCGCAUGGGGGGCUCUCAGCAUUGGGCUGCUUGUGGCCGUAGUUCAGAUUUCCUCUGUAUUUAGGCUGCCCUUUUGUGACAGAGAAGUGGCCCAUUAUUUCUGUGAUAUUCUCCCAGUUAUGAAACUCUCCUGUGCAGAUACCACUCUACAUGACAUAAUUAAUUUUAUCAUCAGCUCGUUUGUUAUUGUGGUCCCCAUGGGGCUGGUCUUCAUCUCCUACGUCCUCAUCAUCUCCACGAUUCUCAAGAUCAGCUCUGCCCAGGGCCGGAAGAAGGCCUUCGCCACCUGCGCCUCCCACCUCACGGUGGUCAUUGUCCACUAUGGCUGCGCCUCCAUUGCCUACCUCAAGCCCAAGUCUGAGAACACCAGGGAUCAGGAUCAGCUGAUCUCGGUGACCUACACGGUCAUCACCCCCCUGCUGAACCCUGUGGUGUACACCCUGAGGAACAAGGAGGUCAAGGAUGCUCUUCGCCGUGCUAUUAGCAAAAAUCCUCUUGCCUAG